AUGGGAAAGUCAAAUUCUCCUUUGGGUUUUUUUGUUGUUUGCAUAACCUUAAUUCAAUUCAUUGCUUCAAUGAGUUUCAGCACAUCCCAGAGUCUCAUAAAUGAGACUAGGACUACAACUAAAGCCUUUUUCAUCUUUGGCGAUUCCACUGUAGAUUCUGGCAACAAUAACUACAUAGAUACUAUUCCCGAGAACAAAGCAGAUUACAAACCAUAUGGACAAAAUGGUUUUUUACAAGAACCCACAGGAAGAUUCUCAGAUGGCCGUGUCAUUAUAGAUUUUAUAGCUGAAUAUGCAAAGCUGCCACUGCUUCCUCCAUUUUUAGAACCAUUUGCUGAUUAUAGUAAAGGUGUCAACUUUGCUUCUGGGGGGGCUGGUGUUCUUGCUGAAACCAAUCAGGGACUGGUGAUAGAUCUUCAAACACAAUUAAGGCACUUUGAAGAAGUGAGAAAAUCACUAGCAGAAAAUUUUGGAGAGAAGACUGCAAAGGAGUUGAUCUCGGAAGGAAUUUAUUUCAUUAGCAUAGGAAGCAACGAUUACAUGGGUGGUUAUCUGGGUAACCCCAAAAUGCAAGAAAGCUACAACCCUGAACAAUAUGUUGGGAUGGUGAUCGGAAACUUGACACAGGCAAUCCAAACUCUAUAUGAAAAAGGGGCUAGAAAGUUCGGGUUUUUAAGUUUGUGUCCUUUGGGUUGCUUGCCAGCUCUUAGAGCACUAAACCCGGAAGCUAGCACGGGUGGUUGUUUUGAAGCAGCUUCUACUCUUGCCCUUGCACAUAACAAUGCUUUGAGGAAUGUUCUCACAAGCCUCGAGCACAUCCUUAAAGGGUUUAUGUACUCUAACUCUGAUUUCUAUUAUUGGCUUGAAGAUAGAAUAAAUAAGCCCACUAAUUAUGGUUUUAAGGAUGGAGUUAAUGCCUGCUGUGGAAGUGGACCAUAUGGGGGCAUCUACACUUGUGGGGGCACCAAGAAAGUUAGAGAGUACAAUUUAUGUGACAAUAUUGGUGAGUAUGUCUGGUGGGAUUCUUUCCACCCAACUGAGAAGACCCAUGAGCAAUUAGCUGAGGCUUUAUGGAGUGGACCACCUUCCUCAGCAGGACCAUACAAUUUAGAAAAUCUCUUUUCCAACAAUGAGAUCAAACUCACUAUUGCUGAUGUUGUUGAUGACCGGGAAAUUGAGCAAGGACAAUUUGGCUACUGA